AGCUGUACACAUAAGUUAAUUUUUAAAGCACUGUUUUUCUUUUCUCAUAUACAAAUAGUUUUGUAUGCAACUUCUGUACAGCUACAAACAGAAUAUGGCUGACAGAUAUUUAUAGAUAAUAUAUAAACAACAUAUGAUCCUGCCCUUAGGUGUAAGCUCUACCUGAUGAACACAUUGCACAUAUGAUCCCACAAAAUCUGUACUUUAGUCAUCAUAUUAGCAUAGAAGUGAUCAAGCAAACUGACACCUCUUUGUUACAAAGAAGUAUGCAGACAAACACAUCAACCUUUGCCGGUCCCAACAUCUUCCAUAUGCAGCUUCCUGUCAGAGCAAACUGAUCCCUGACACCUAGAAGACAUGUGUAAUUAUGACUGCCUCAUGCACAUAGCAAAAAUGUUUCAGACUCUGUCUUCUUUUGUUUUAUAGUCGUUUAAAAUUUGUCACGCUGCUCCUCUAGGUGGUCUUCUUUAGUUUGAUGUACUCUUCGCUUCUGUCGCUGAAGAAGUGAAGGGGAUGGAGGAAGAAAACUGAGAUAUUGGCUGUGGGGUUGUGGAUUUGUGUUCUCUGACUCAAUAUCCCCUUGUAUUCCUCAUGCACUCACGAAACACCUUGCCCUGAAAUUUCAAAAGUGGAAAUCGAGUGGCGGAUCAACAUCGGAAGGAACCCAAACUAACCUUUUCAACGGUGAUUUCAUAUUUGUCCUUCCAACUCUGAUUUAGUAGUCUUUUCGUGCUGUAAAUUGCAGGUUUGGCAAGAAACUUCGGCUUAAUUUUUUAAUAGUGAUCUUAGUAGUAUUUUCAUGCUGAAGAUUUCAGAUUUGAUAAGAUACUUUGACUUAAUAUUUUCUAUGGUUGUAUUCCAGAGAAAUAUUGAGGUGUGAAGUUAGUAUACGAGAUGAAGAAUAUCCACAUCAUCUGUAUUGGUAGUGUGCCAUUCUGAUUUUUGUUCCUGUCGGAUUUGCAGAUAGGUGCAGCGGGAGUGAUGUUAGUAGUCUUUUCAUGCUGUAAAUUGCAGUUUUGUCAAUACACUUCGUCUUAAUUUUUUUAAUAGCGAUCUUAGUAGUAUUUUCAUGCUGAAAAUUUCAGAUUUGAUAAGAUACUUCGACUUAAAAUUUUCUUUGGUUGUAUUUCAGAGAAGUAGUGAGGUGUGAAGUUAGUAUACGAGAUAUAGGUGCUCCACACCAUGUGUAUUGUUGCGUAAACCUUCUCUGAUCACUUGAAGAUGGGGAAGAAAAAUCCAAAUGCACGUCGGUUUGCCUCAAGCGAACGUGCCCCGUCACUGGAUGUAACAAACUCACCUCUAAAUGCAAAUGCAGAGAGUAGUUCUGCUGCUCGACAGAAAGGUAACCAAUCAUGGUACACCAGAUUGUCUGAUGAAAAGAAAGCAGAGCUCCUCGAGAAGCGUCGUGUCGCCCGGCGUGAGAAGAAGACUGCAGCCGUACAAAGUGUAAACCAUGCCCGGGUAUCACAAGAACAUGCUUCUUCUGUGGGGUCUGAGCAAUUUGUCCCUUUGAGCAACAUCACCAACACACAUAUAGAUGGCAAAAAAAGAAGUCCACAAAGUUGGUAUGCUGGACUAUCCGACGAGCGGCGAGCUGAGUACAUACACAAACAGAAGAUGGCCCGACUCGCAAGGAAAGCAGCAACUGCCGGGGUGAAUGUCCAAUUGCCUACAUCAUCUGCCUCACAAACUUCAUCUGGUCCUUCUGUGUGUCGCUGCUGUCAGUCUCGGGCUUACUGCUUGGAGAACAGGAGGAGCGUCAGGGCUCUUUGCUGCAUCUGUGGGGGUACUGGCCAGAAGUAGGUGAGCUAAAAUACUAGGCCCCAUCUCUGCUUGAUCUGUUCAGCCAACUGAAUUUGUUCUCCUUACUUAUUUCUGUUUCUUUUGGUGUAUGUGAAGUGUUACAACUUUAUUUCCAUUGCUGCCAUCUUGCUUUUCGUGAGCUAAUUCUGUACAAUCAAGCUAUCGUUUACAGUAAUGAGUGGACAAUGGCCUGAUAGAGGUUUCGCUGCAAUGCAUGGUUAAGUGUUGUCCUACCUCCUAUCAGAGGUUAUUGCUGUCCAUAUUCCUAUGCAUAUGCUUUUAUUUUCAGGUUAUUGUUAUCCAUGUAUCACACAAGCUAAGGUGGUCACCUUUGAUCUAAUACCCGCGAGUCUUCUAUAUUGUCUUCAUCCUAUUCGUGCUAAAACAUACUCAGGGGCGAUCGCCCACCUGAACGAUUAAAUGGAUCAAUAUUCUGGACAUUACAAGUUGGGCCAGAGUGGGCCAUAUGGAGGUACAUCAAACAUAGGAAGGGUGGACAGGAGCAGGCACAAAAGGACCUACACCAAUGUACAAGGGGAUCAUGAUCUAGGAGAAGCGAGGCCUGGACAACAGGUGGUAGAGCAGCAUGCCUAAGAGAAGCACAAGUUACCACUACUAUUCAGCAAAUGACACAACCAGAUAUUUAUGGAUUUUCCUUAACUGUAAUGACUUCAUUUGUUCUUGAAAUGGAGAAUCUUAUGUAUGUCUCUUGCUAUCCAUGUGCCAGAGCCA